UUUUCAAUCCUUUUGCCAAGUCCAGCAACUACACUUUUGUCUAGAUAUUUUAAUUGUUGAACAGCAUUUCCCUGGAGUUGAAUCUGCCAUAUUAUCUUCAUUAGCUGUAUCUGUGGACAAUUCAUAUAUUUUUAACAAGCAACAAAUAUUGGUUUUGUCCUGUGGGUGGUAAUUGGUCAAUUGGUUGGUUGUAUUUUCUGAUGAAAGAUGAACACUAGUAAUACUUGCUGAUUCAUUGUGCCGUCUGUGUAGAUGUACCUGAUGAGUGACAAAAGCAUGUCACUCUGUCAACCUGCCUCACGCUAGGAAUCCCUCUCUUUGCCAGAUACUUUCUUCAAUGUCAAUAGUUUAUAUUUCUUCAUAGCUUUCUCUGUCUUUGGUGCUGAACCUGUUUUCUAUUCACUUUUGCACACUUUAUAUGACAUUUCAGCUCAAAUUGAUUAUUAUUUCCAUUCCUAAACAAAAUCGAAUUAAAUGUGUAUAUCCUACAUUGUGCAAUAUUUCACUUGGAUUGUGAAUAUAAUCAUAACAUUUAUUUGUGUGUCCCAUGUACACCAACUGCUCACAUUUUAACAUAAUAUCACAAUCAUGUUUUCUGUUUCUUUUGCAACACCACUUUCUUCCUCCCAUAUCAAUUUUUACUCUUUACUUUUGCCCAUUGUUUUAAACACAUCAUUUGUCAGUUCAUUGUUUUAAUUCCAAAAAGAAGCAUAUGACAGUGAGAGUUACACUUCCUGCAUUGGGCCAAAGAUGAGUACAUUAGGAUUUUAUAUGUCAAAAGAAACAUUAACCAGCCCUUAGUCUCAUCGGUUGUUCUCGUUGGUUUGAGGCCGUCAACAAUAUACUGUAUGUGAUUUCGAUCAGGUUGCUUCAUCACGGGUUUUCCGACGUCUAUUAUAGCUGGCCUAUCAAUAAAUAUCAUGAAUCUUCUCCGUGAAAUUAUUGUGUGUUAUACCAAAACCAACCUCUUGGUGUCAGCAUGCACCAAAAUAAGGGACAAGGCGUCGCUGCAUAAUCCAUCCUGUCAUAGAAACCCGUCAGGGCGGCGUUUCUCUUGGACAAACGACACAAAGGAAUCGCAUCGCCACGGAUAAAUCCUCAUCGGUGUUCAUUGUCCUUCUCGUUCAUUUUCUGUGAGAGACGCUCGUAACUGUCAUGAAGGGAAAAGCGAUGGGUAAACACUUUUCGCCUUGGAUUUUGUGUUGGAUUUCCCUUUACAUCGGCCUUCGCUCUGUGUGUGGAGAUGUGAGCUACUCUAUUGCGGAGGAGAUGAAGCGAGGAUCUGUGAUCGGGAAUAUUGCCAGAGAUCUGGGCAUCGGAGUAUCAACACUUUCAUCUCGUAAACCUCGGAUUGACCCAGAGAGGAAUAUCAAACGGCACUGCAAUGUUAACCUGAGCACCGGGGAUCUGAUCGUCAGCGACAGGAUCGACAGAGAGAGUCUGUGCAGUAAGAAAGCGACGUGCGUCCUGAAAGAGGAGCUCGUUUUAGAAAACCCACUCGAGCUGCAUCGCAUCAGCAUUCAUGUAAAUGAUGUAAAUGACAACAGCCCGCAGUUUAGUGAGAAUUUGAUCUCAUUUGAAAUCACAGAAUCUGUGGCGAAAGGAGCGAAAUUUCUUCUGACUGAGGCCUAUGACGCAGACAUCGGCUCAAACACGGUUCAGCGCUACGUUUUAGAGAAUAAUGACCAUUUCACCAUCAAUGUCGACACUGACGUCAGUGGACGACGUCAUUGUGAAUUAGUAUUAGUCAAAGAAUUGGACAGGGAAAAAGAAAGUGAAUUAAAUUUGAUUUUAACUGCUUUGGACGGAGGUUCCCCGCAGAGAUCAGGGACCGCAACCAUCCACGUCACUGUGCUUGACGCCAAUGAUAACGCGCCUGUAUUCACUAAAGCAGUUUAUCAGGCUACUGUUCCUGAAAAUGCACCUUUAAACACAGUGGUCAUAAGAGUCAGCGCCUCAGAUGCAGAUGAUGGACCCAACGGUGAUGUCACAUAUAAUUUUGAUCAUAUAUCUGAUGAACAAGGCUCUUUAUUUUUCCUGGACGCUAAAUCAGGAGAAAUCACAGUCACUGGCCUGAUUGAUCAUGAGGCAGAGGCGUCAAUAGAAUUGCGGAUAAGGGCUAAAGAUGGACCAGGACUGGCUUCCUACUGUACGGUCAUUAUAGAGGUGACAGAUGUUAAUGACAAUCCUCCAAUUAUAAAUUUAAAAUCCCUAUCUACCUCCAUACCUGAGAACGUGUCACCUGGUACAGAGGUGGGCAUCAUUAAUGUUCAGGACAGAGACUCUGACAAUAACAAGCAGGUCAGAUGUUUCAUUCAACAAAGUGUCCCAUUUAAAUUAGUCCCUUCUAUUAAGAACUAUUACUCCCUGGUCACUACUGGUCAACUGGACCGUGAACUGGUGUCUGACUACAACAUCACCAUCACUGCCACUGAUGAGGGCUCUCCUCCUCUGUCCUCCUCUAAAACUGUUCACUUAUCAGUAGCAGACAUCAACGACAACCCACCUGUGUUUGAGGAACAGUCCUACAGCGCAUAUGUGACUGAGAAUAACAAACCUGGCUCCUCUCUAUGUUCCGUCACUGCUCGAGACCCAGACUGGAGACAAAACGGUACUGUGGUUUAUUCUCUGUUACCUGCUGAGGUGAACGGUGCCCAGGUGUCCUCCUAUCUGUCUGUGAACGGAGACACGGGGGUGAUCCACGCUGUCAGGUCCUUUGACUAUGAACAGUGGAGGAGCUUUAAAGUCCAGGUGAUGGCCAGAGACAACGGUUCUCCUCCGCUCAGCAGCAACGUGAGCGUCAGUGUCUUCAUCUCAGAUGUGAACGACAACUCUCCUCAGAUACUGUACCCCACCCCGGAGGGCAACUCCUUCAUGACCGAGCUGGUUCCCAAAGCUGCACACGGAGGCUCUCUGGUGUCCAAAGUGAUCGCAGUGGACGCAGACUCUGGACAGAACGCCUGGAUGUCCUAUCAUAUCGUCAAAUCCACUGAGCCGGGACUGUUCACUAUUGGUCUCCACAGCGGAGAGAUCAGGACCCAGCGGGACAUUUCUGAGUCUGACAGCAUGAAACAGAACCUGAUUGUGGCAGUGAAAGAUAACGGACAGCCCUCUCUCUCUGCCACCUGCUCCAUGUAUCUACUGAUUUCUGAUAACUUGGCUGAGGUGCCAGAACUGAAGGACAUUUCUUAUGAGGACAAGAAUUCCAAACUGACCUCUUACCUGAUCAUCGCUCUGGUGUGUGUGUCCACAUUCUUCCUCACCUUCAUCAUCAUCAUCCUGGGUGUGAGGUUCUGUCGUAGGAGGAAGCCCAGAAUGUUGUUUGAUGGAGCAGUGGCCAUCCCCAGUGCUUAUCUCCCUCCUAACUACGCAGAUGUUGACGGCACAGGAACUUUACGCAGCACUUACAACUAUGACGCCUACUUGACCACAGGAUCUCGAACCAGUGACUUUAAGUUUGUGUCCUCUUACAAUGACAACACGCUGCCUGCUGACCAGACUCUGAGGAAGAGUCCCUCUGACUUUGCUGACCCCUUUGAUGAUUUGGAUGCUUCUGUUGAGGUAGGAAGUGGUAUUUUGUCAAAAUAUUCACUUUGAACCAACACAAU